GUCCACGUGGUCGCGUCGCACUCCCUCUCUUUGCCGUCCCUCUUCCUCUGAAACAUGGCUGUACGCUGUCUGUGUUUCGUGGCUGUGUCCGCUCUUUUUGGAGCUCUUUGCUCUGGCGAGGUGUGCCAAAAGCCUCAGGUGACGCACCAAGUUUACACCACCACCGAUGGGCUCAUCGUUUCCAACACCGCUUUCAUCGCAGAAUUCACUGUCAGCUGCGGAAAUGGGGCAAAGGGUGUUUCCCUCUUUGCCGACGUGAAAGGUGACGUUGUUCCAGCUGUGAAGAGUCCGGAAGGCAACAACUACCAGGUCAGUUGGACAGAGGAACUGAACAAGGCAUCCAGCGGGGAAUACUUGGUCAGGGUGUACGACGAAGAGGGUUAUGCUGCCCUCAGGAAAGCCCAACGAAUGGGGGAGGAUACCAAGAGUGUGACGCCUUUUUUCACUCUCAACAUCAACCAUGCGGGCAGCUACCUGGGCCCUUGGGUGCAGAGUGAAUUUGUUGCCAUGGUUGCAGCCGUCCUUCUCUGGUAUUUUGCUUACAGUGCAAAGUGCAAGCUCCAGUCCUAGCCAUCAGUGUGAUAUUAAACGCUCAUUUUCCGUAAGAAA